CUGAGUUUGUAAGAUAUGGCCGAUUUGCAGUAUUUUGUUGGCAAUUUAGUGCUUACAAUCGCUAUAAGAUUCGUACCGAUAUUGCUUGCCUUAAGCUUGACGUGGCUACCCUUCGACUCGAAGUCGGUGGAUUAAAGCGCGAACGAAGGCUAUUGAAGGACAAUCUCGAUAGUCUCAGAAGAGAUAACCAACGAACGACGAUCGGAAAUCAUUGAACUCCAAGAUGAAAAUCAUGAUAUCAAAGAGGAUUGCCAGCAACUCCAACAAGAGAAUCGCAUACUUCAAAGAAAGAAUAGAGAAUUCCGAGCAGCUAUCGAUAAGCUUCAAAGAACUGUCAAGACUC